AAGAAGGCAAGAACACACAAUCCAGCUACCUACCUUCAUUUUACACACACACACACACAAACAAACAAACACAUUCCACCACAGCAGCUACCAUGGCGUCCUACAUUGCCAACAACAAGCCUCUGAUCACAGCGGCAGUAGCCCUGCUCACAGUCCUAGCCAUUGCCAACUGCAUCGGCUGUGCCGUCGCUGCCAGGGAUCUGUCCAGCAGCACCGGCUAUGGCGAGGAGGCAAUGACGGCGAGGCAUGAGAAAUGGAUGGUGGAGCACGGCCGCACCUACAAGGAUGAGGCUGAGAAGGCACGCCGGUUCCAGGUAUUCAAGGCGAACGCCGCCUUUGUUGACACGUCCAAUGCCGCCGCAGGCGGCAAGAAGUACCACCUGGCCAUCAACCGGUUCGCCGACAUGACUCACGACGAGUUCAUGGCGAGGUACACCGGGUUCAAGCCUUUGCCGGCCACGGGCAAGAAGAUGCCUGGUUUUAAGUACGCGAAUGUUACACUGUCGUCAGAGGACCAGCAGGCGGUUGACUGGAGGAAGAAAGGUGCCGUCACCGAUGUCAAGAACCAGCAGAAAUGCGGUUGUUGCUGGGCGUUCUCGGCGGUGGCGGCCAUCGAGGGUAUGCACCAGAUCAACACCGGCGAGCUAGUAUCGCUGUCAGAGCAGCAACUGGUGGAUUGCUCCACCAACGGGAACAACAACGGCUGCGGCGGCGGCACCAUGGAGGACGCCUUCCAGUACGUCAUCGGCAACAACGGCAUCGCCACCGAGGCCGCCUACCCGUACACCGCCAUGCAGGGCAUGUGCCAGAACGUCCAGCCGGCGGUCGCCGUCAGAAGCUACCAGCAAGUGCCCAGAGACGACGAGGACGCGCUCGCCGCGGCUGUCGCCGGCCAGCCCGUGUCCGUGGCCGUCGACGCCAAUAACUUCCAGUUCUACAAAGGCGGCGUCAUGACCGCGGACAGCUGCGGCACCAAUUUGAACCACGCGGUGACGGCGGUUGGGUACGGCACGGCGGAGGAUGGCACCCCGUACUGGCUGCUCAAGAACCAGUGGGGGAGCACCUGGGGAGAGGAAGGGUACCUCAGGCUUCAGAGGGGUGUUGGCGCCUGUGGUGUCGCCAAGGACGCCUCCUAUCCCGUUGCAUGAACUAGGAGAACGCACAAUCUAUAUACAUACAUUAUGACAUGCAGCAUAUAUACAACAUAUAAUAAAAACAGUAAUAAAGAAUAAAGCAUGCACACAAAAUAGAUACCUUAUUAGCGUGGGUAUAUCUUAAGUACAACUGUCAUACGGUUGUUAGAUAUAGUGGAAUCCCAAUUAAUCCGGCCUCUGCACUCACGAAUGAACAGUAGAAAUGCCAUUCAGCAAUCAGCACUCUGAAUAUUAUACAAUCUAUAUACAUGUAUAACAUUGUUGUUGUUGUUGUUGUUGUUGUUGUUGUUGUUGUUUCUGUAAUAACAUAGGAGUACAAUAUAUUCACGUUAUGAGAACAGG